GCAAUCCCAAACACUCCUUUAGGCCAACCACCGGUAUUCCCAUUUCUCAGAAUCCACCCGUCUCUGUACUCCUCGGUCUUCCAAAUUCCAUCCCGCGUCUUCUCUUUCUCUCUCUCACACCCACACAAACACAAUUGAAUCUGCGUUAUACCUCUCUAUCUCCGCGAAUCAAUUGAAUUUCGUUCUUUAUAGGUUUAGGGUUUGGAAUUGUAGUCUUCGUGACUUCGUCGAAGUCUUACAAAAGAACCUGUUGAUUCUGCGCGUCGAUAAUCCUCCUCCUGCUUUACACUCGUGGUCUUGUUAUACUGAACAAAACCCAAUUUUCAUUGAAAUGGUUUUAUGGGGUUUUAUAAUUCGAGGUAAAGCUGAGAGUUUUCGUGUUCUUUAGAUUUUUAUUAAGGCUUUUUUUUUUUUGUGGUAGUGACAUGGGGGGUUCUGAGAGUCUAAGUGAGUCUUCACCUCCGCCGCCACAACCCGCGGCAGAGAAGAAGCACGGUGUGACAAAGCCUAUAUCUCUUGCUGGGCCGACGGAGAUGGAUCUUCAACGAAACUCGGAAUUGGGAAACUUUUUGAUGAAUUCGGGGCUUUAUGAGAGUGAGGAAGAUACUGCGAUGAGAGAAAAGGUGCUUCAGCGGAUUGAUGAGAUUGUAAAAUUCUGGGUGAAGCAAUUAACCCGCAAAAGAGGUUACACGGAUCAAAUGGUGGAAGAUGCAAAUGCUGUCAUAUUUACAUUUGGGUCUUAUCGGCUAGGGGUACAUGGUCCUGGAGCUGAUAUGGACACUCUGUGUGUUGGGCCAUCAUAUGUGAAUCGAGAGGAAGAUUUUUUUAUUGUUUUGCAUGAUAUUUUGGCUGAAAUGGAAGAAGUUACUGAACUUCAACCAGUUCCAGAUGCUUAUGUGCCAGUAAUGAAAUUCAAGUUCCAGAGUAUAUCCAUUGAUCUCCUUUAUGCGAGCAUAUCACUUUUGGUUGUUCCACAAGACUUGGACAUCUCACAUGAUUCUGUGCUGUACAAUGUUGAUGAGCAAACUGUUCGAAGUCUUAAUGGAUGCAGGGUUGCAGAUCAAAUACUUAAACUAGUUCCGAAUGUUGAGCACUUCUGUACGACGCUUAAAUGUCUGAAGUUUUGGGCUAAAAGGCGUGGUGUUUAUUCAAAUGUUACAGGAUUUCUUGGUGGUGUAAAUUGGGCUCUUUUAGUUGCUCGGGUAUGCCAGCUUUAUCCCAAAGCGAUUCCUAGUAUGCUGCUUUCACGUUUUUUUAGAGUUUAUACGCAAUGGCGUUGGCCAAAUCCUGUGAUGCUGUGCCCCAUAGUAGAGGAUGAACUAGGGUUUCCUGUGUGGGAUCCCCGUAAGAACCCUUGGGACCGUAGUCAUCAUAUGCCAAUCAUCACUCCUGCAUAUCCUUGCAUGAACUCCAGUUACAAUGUCUCAACAAGUACUCUCCGGGUUAUGGUAGACCAGUUCCAAUUUGGUAACAAAAUCUGUGGGGAUGUUGAAUUGAACAGAGUGCAUUGGAGAGCUCUGUUCGAGCCUUAUCUUUUCUUUGAGGCAUACAGAAACUAUCUGCAGGUCGACAUUGUUGCAGCAGAUGAUGAUGAUUUGCUUGCUUGGAAAGGUUGGAUCGAAUCCCGGUUUAGACAACUUACUUUGAAGAUAGAGCGUGAUACAUGUGGGAUGUUGCAGUGCCAUCCUUAUCCAAAUGAGUAUAUAGACACGUCCAAGCCGUGUCCACAUUGUGCUUUCUUUAUGGGAUUGCAGAGGAAAGAGGGAGUCAAAGUUCAAGAAGGGCAGCAAUUUGAUAUACGUGGUACUGUUGAUGAGUUUAAGCAAGAGGUAAAUAUGUACAUGCUUUGGAAACCGGGGAUGGAGAUAUAUGUUUCUCAUGUUCGAAGGAAGCAAAUUCCUGCAUAUGUUUUUCCCGAUGGGUAUCAACGGCCAAGAACAUCAAAGCACUCAACCCAUCAUGCUGAUAAAACUUCUGAGAAUGAUGCCAAAGGCUACAGAUCUCCAUCUGAAGGAAGGGAGAUCAAGAGGAAACAGGGUGAUGAAACGGCCUAUGUGAAGCUAGACAAACCAGGGAAGCGGGCCUCUAUAAGCCCACAACACCCAGGAUCUGUUUCUCCUGAAAGGUCUUCUGGAGGGCCAUUGGGGAGUGGGAAAGGGACCAUGGGAAAUGAUGUGCGAUUGGGGGAACUUGAUGAUUGUAAUCCUAGUAGUACAAUUGUAAGGAAGUUUUUAAAUGCCUCUACUUUGAAGGGGGGAACAAAAGAGUUGGAGGCAAAAGAACUUGCGGCAAAAACCUAUCCCACGCAGGAGUUGCUUGUUGAAUGUGGGGUAAUGUGUGGUAAGACUGUGGAAGCAUGCCUUAUUGGACCAAAUGAGGACAUAGAGGGAAUGCUGAAGCAGAUAGACAGUGUUGUUCAGGAUAAUAAACAGAUUGUUGAACCGAGCGGCAAAAGUGUAGUGGGAUCUGAUUCCAGAACUCCAAAUCUCAUAUGCAAGGUGAGUUUAUUCCCUUGAGGAUUUUGGGUUAAGAAAUGUAGCAGAAGGCAGUGAGAAAACUGGAAAUUUUGAAGAUAGUGAGAGCAAAGGAUACUUGCAGGAUGGUGUAGGUGUUGCAGAUCAACAUUCACCAUUGGGAAAUGGAUGUUUGAGUGGAAGCGGAGUUUCAGGAAAGGGCCUGGGAGAAAAAUUAGAGGUUGUGUACCUCAACCUUUGUUGUCUUUUGUACCACUCUAUUUUUCUAUACCAUGUAUAUUAUGAGGGUAAGUUGCACUAGUGAUCCCGAAGUUUGCCAUUAGUCACUCAUUAGUCUUUAAGGUUUCAAUUUUGUCAAUUUAAUCACUAAAGUUUACAUGCUGAAGAAAUGUGGUCCAGGGCACUGCCUACCUUAAUCAGAAGCGGAAAAACAUCACUUGCUGGCAUGUGACUGCUAUUAAGGGUAUUUCUGUCGGUGUGGCUGCAAGACAAAGGGUAUUAACCUAUAUACACAAUAUAUAUCAUAAAAUCUCUCUUCUAAUGUUGACCCUCUCACUGUCUGAUCCAUCCCCUUCUCACUUCUUUCUUACUCUACAAAUGAGGAAUCAGAAUUUGGUUUGUGGCUGGGUGUAUUUUGUGCAGAGAGAAGGGUAGAAUUAGAGGGAGAAAGAACCAGUGUGUAUGUCAUUUAGGGUUCAAUUUCUGGCAGUGGUGGUGGUAUGAUCGGGUUGGUUUGGUGACAGAGGUGAUGGUGAUGGUGGUUUCACUGGGAUAGUGCUGGUUGGUGGUUGGUGACUGGUGACUGCGGUGAGAGGGAGAGAGACUGGAUUCUGUGUAGAGAGAUAAAAUUGAGUAGAGAGAAACAGAUGUGCUCUAGCAGUGAAAGAAUGGCAUGGAGAUAGAAAUAUACGCGUUCUAUGCAAAGAGAGACGGAGAACAUUGGGGGGAGCGAUAGAGAGAGAAAGAGAUAGUGCUUGUGUUAUUAGAUUCAAUUUUGGCAGCGGUGGUGGUUUGACUAGGGUAGGGGUGGUGGUUUGGUGAUAGAGGUGGGCUUGGUGAAUGUGGUGUUUGAGAGAGAGAGAGAGAAUAGGUGAGAGAGAGAACAAGAGAUGUGUGCAAGUGCUUUUGAGAAUGUGUUGUGUGGGAGAGCGAAGAAGUGUGUUUGGACCAUGUAUAAUGAUCAAAUCAGGAAUAAGCAUGUUUGUAUGAAGUGAGUAAUGAAAAAUGACAAAUACAUUGGCCCUGCUCGGACCCAAUAGUAGCUGUAAUCUUGUGCACCAAGAUGUCCUUAUUCUGCCUCUAAUAGGAACACGCAUGCCAUGUUUCCAUCUAGUUUAAAUGACUGUUACUGCAUGAGAUCACAUUGCUUCAGUGCGUGAAGUUUGGAGACUGAAAUUGAGAAAAUUGGAAAUUUGAGUAACAAAGACCGAGUAGUGGCAAGCCUUGGGGACCAGUAGUGUAAUUUAGUACUGUUUGUUGUUUUUAUACAGAUGAAUGCUAUUUUGGAACUUGUUCGAAAAAUUCUUGAUUUCAAUAUUUUGGAUUUUGUAAGUAUGUCAAGCGUUGUUCGUGGUUUUCAAGUAGUAAUACUAGGACCCAAUGACCCAUGGGUCAGUUUUGUUAAAGGAUCUUAUGAUUUGAAGAUCGAGAAUAUCAUAUGAAUUUGGGACAUCAUCUCAUAUUACUCGAGCAUGAUGAUUUCUUUUGUUUAACAUUAUUGUUCCUCUGUCAAUCAGAUUUUUAAUUUUCCCUUGAUCAAUUUAAUUGUUUGCACAGAAGAUCUCCUAACUGGUGCAUACAUGGUGGUUGGUCCUGCACCACUAUCCGUGGUACAUUCCCAGUUACUGUGCUCAAGAACCUGACCAUGUUUUGUAUCUGAGGCUUGGAAUCAUUAAUCGUCACUUUGUGUAUUCCCUCUAAUAUUUUUAUGGGUACAAACUUAACCCCCAGUUUUCUAUCUGAUUUUUUUUUCUAGAUAAAUAGUACGUUCGGGAUGGUAAUGGAUGCAGAAGCCGGUGAUUAGGUUUGAAAUAUGGGAGGUGAAAUAUUCAAUGGGAUCAAUGUUUUUGAAGGAUUUGAGGCAGGCUCUGUUGGUGGGUGUCUUGUGAAUUACCAUCGUGUCUUGUUGUUCAGGGGUGGCAGUUUAUCUUGUGGAGUGGGAGCGGGGAGGCAGCGAUAUAGACUUGUGCAUCACUGUGCCAUUUUGGUGUUCUGGAGGUGUUCUAUGCAUUGCAGUCGAAGCUUGCAAGCAUUUGCAAAUAGCCAUCAGAUGAGACCUUCAGAACUUAACGGAUUUGGUGGCAGGCUGAGCUAUUUCCUACUAGUAUGAAAUUUUCUGCUGCUUUUCUUUUUAGCAGUAUUUGAAAAAAAAUGGGAGAAGAAAACAUAAACUGCGCAGACAUGAAUAUUUUGUCUGUGUGGUUUGAGUUGUAAGAGAUGGCAACUUCAUCUCUUUUAGGCUUUAGACCUCUGUUAAACCUUUGUAUUCUGUACACUUUCCAGUAGCUAGCCCCUUU